AUGGAAACUGUUGAGCCCUACAGGAAUCUGACCGUCACUGUGUUACAUGGGAAGAGUCAUCACUCUCAAGACAUACUGACUGAGUCUGACUAUUAUGUCACCAUACGACUGCCCACAGCCUCAGCCAGGACUCACCGCACUAAGACUGUUUCCAACAACAAUAGACCAGAGUGGAAUGAAUCCUUUCACUUCAGGGUUCAUAGUGGUGUGAAGAACAUUCUAGAGUUGAAGGUGUACGAUGAGGACAUGAUUCUGCAAGAUGACCUCUGCUCCACCAUUUUAUUUGACAUUUGUAACCUCACACUUGGCAAAAAAGAAACCAAAAAGUUUACGACAAAUGAUGAGACCAAGGAUGAGCUGUGGGUAGAAUUGGAGAUAGUUGAAAGCUCAGAGACACCUCAAAAUUACCUCUCUAAUGGCGUGUUGGUGGCAGCUCCUCUCUCUACACUGGAGGUGAAGGUGGAGAAGCUGUUGACUAAUGCUGUUCAUGACAACCUGAUUGUGAAGCUCAGAGGGGCCUAUAAAGAAGACCAGCUGGUUACACGUUUAGAGCCAUCCUCCAGCAUUAUGAGGACCCUGCGCUAUUACAUCAACAGAGACCUGGAGACAGAGAUUGGACUGACAGUACUGAAACCCCAGCAACAUGUUAUCAUUUACCUAUUCCAAUUAUAUGUUUUACAAGCAGAGGCACUUACUUCAUCAUCUCUUCCUAUCAAGCCACUUCCUGCUCCACAGGAAGCCAAAAUCUCCUUAACCCUGGGAGAGGACACACUUGAUCUGUGUCUGAGGACAGAGGACUGCAGCUCUGAAGACUUGGAUGUGCGCCUGGACUUCGGCAUUUCCACCCAGGAGAAGGAGUUUCUGAAAAAAAGAAGACUGGUUGUUGCUCAGGCCCUACAGGAAGUUUUGAAUCUCAAAACUGCACCAAAGCCACGAAAGGUUCCGGUUGUGGCUGUGGUGUGCACAGGGGGUGGGACAAGAGCUAUGACAGGAUUUUUGGGCAGUUUGAAAGGCCUACAGAACUUGGGUCUCUUGGACACAAUCAGUUACAUCACUGGUGUGUCUGGAUCUACCUGGGCUAUGUCUUGCUUGUAUGAUGAUGCUGAUUGGUCAAAAACUGGCCUUGACACAGUGAUGGCUAUGCUGAAAGGGGAGAUCUCUAAGAGUGUCUACAGCCUGUUCUCAUUUGAUCAGCUAAGCUAUUACAGAGAUGAACUAAAGCAGAGAGAGAAUGAUGGACAUGUGGUGUCUCUCAUAGAUAUGUGGGGCUUGGCCAUUGAACACCUGAUUCAUGGGAAGAGACACCUUAGCACCCUGUCUGACCAACAGAGGGCAGUGUCAAAAGGCCAGAACCCUCUACCCAUCUACACAGCAGUGAACAUAAAAAAAGGAAUGAAAGGCAUCACAAAAGAAGCAGAAUGGUGUGAGUUUAAUCCAUAUGAAGUUGGAUUUCCCAAGUAUGGAGCAUUUGUGCCUGCACAGAACUUUGGCAGCGAGUAUUAUCUGGGUCGCCUGAUAAAAAAAAUCCCGGAAACACGCCUGUCUUUUCUAAUGGGUAUUUGGAGCAGUUUUUUUUCUGCAAGUUUGACUGAACUGUGGACCACUGCCACAGGACUGUCUCCAUCCUGGAUGCCCUGGAUUGGAGAAGAUGUGAACAACAUUGAAACAGACAACAAACCGUCAACCCUGGACACCUACCUCAUUAAGCCUGUAACUGACACAGUCAGAAAACUGGCAGGCUUCCUCACCAGCCGCCCAGUCACUACUCAAAUGUACAACUUCUUGCGAGGGUUGUAUCUCCAUAUUAACUACAGUGAGCACAGCACCUUCACAACAUGGAAAGAUACCCACCCAGAUGCCUUCCCAAACCUACUUACACCUGCUGAUUCCACACUAGCCUUGGUGGAUGCUGGCCUUGCCUGUAAUGCAGGCUUUCCACCAGUGCUGCGCUCCGAAAGACAAGUGGAUAUUAUCCUGUCACUGAACUACUCUUGGGACAACGAUCAGUUCUUGGUCCUAAAGCAGACUCAGGACUACUGCGCUGACCACAGGGUGCCCUUCCCACGGAUUGAUUUCCGUAAAGUGGAGUCAGAGCCACUAAAGGAGAUGUAUGUGUUUGAAGAUAAAGAGAAUCCCAAAGCCCCUGUGGUGCUCCACUUUCCACUGGUUAAUGUGUCUUUCAGAGAGUUUAAAAGCCCUGGUGUGAAGCGCAGGAAGCAGGAGCCGACAGAAGGUGAAGUGGAUCUGAACAGUAAUUUUAGCCCGUAUGCCACUCAGAACCUGACCUACACUCCAGAGGAGUUCCAAAACUUGGUGGACCUCACAUCCUACAACAUUGUCAAUAACAAGGACACCAUCUUAGAAACUCUCCGCAGGGCCCUGCAUAAGCACAGGUCAGAAUCUGACUGUUAUGUCAUCUUAAAACUGCCCACAGCCUCAGCCAGGACUCACCGCACUAAGACUGUUUCCAACAGCAAUAGACCAGAGUGGAAUGAAUCCUUUCACUUCAGGGUUCAAAGCCAUGUGAAGAAUAUACUAGAGUUGCAGGUAUAUGAUGAAGACAUUCUGCGAGAUGACCACUGUUCUACUAUUUUAUUUGACAUCAGUAAUCUUAUUCCUGGAAAAAAGGAAACCAAAGUGUUCAUAUUAGACCCUGAGACCAAGGAUCAGCUAUGGGUUGAGUUUGAAAUUGUGGUGAGUCCAGAGGCUCCUGGACUCUACCUCUCCAACGGAGUGCUGGUGGUGGCUCCUUUCUCGGCACUGGAGGUUAAGGUGGACCAGCAGUUGGUCACAGCUUUUCAUGACAACCUGAUUGUGAAGCUCAGAGGGGCCUAUAAAGAAGACCAGCUGGUUACACGUUUAGAGCCAUCCUCCAGCAUUAUGAGGACCCUGCGCUAUUAUAUCAACAGAGACCUGGAGACAGAGAUUGGACUGGGGGACACAGUUGAUCUUCAUCUGAAGACAGAGGACUGGGAGGAGCUGGAGGUGCGCCUAGAUUUUGGCCUUCCUGUCCAGGAGAAGGAGUUCCUGGAGAAGAGGAGAGUGGUGUGUGCUCAGGCAUUUCAGAAAGUUCUGAAUCUCAAGUCUCCACCACAGCCACACAAAGUUCCAUCGGUAGCCAUGGUAUGUUCUGGGGGUGGGACCAGAGCGAUGACAGGACUUUUUGGCCAUUUGAAAGGGCUGAAGGCUUUGGGUCUGUUGGACACUGUCUGUUACAUCACUGGCGUGUCUGGAUCCACUUGGGCUAUGUCCUGCUUGUAUGACAAUGCUGAUUGGUCAAAAACUGGCCUUGACACAGUGAUGGCUAUGCUGAAAGGGGAGAUCUCUAAGAGUGUCUACAGCCUGUUCUCAUUUGAUCAGCUAAGCUAUUACAGAGAUGAACUAAAGCAGAGAGAGAAUGAUGGACAUGUGGUGUCUCUCAUAGAUAUGUGGGGCUUGGCCAUUGAACACCUGAUUCAUGGGAAGAAACAUUGUGGUACCCUGUCUGACCAGCAGAGAGCAUUAUCAAACGGCCAGAACCCUCUACCCAUCUACACAGCAGUAAACAUGAAGAGCGGCAUUCAAGGAAGCACCAUGGAAGCAGAGUGGUGUGAGUUUACUCCUUAUGAGGUUGGCUUUCCCAAGUAUGGAGCUUUUGUUCCAGUGGAGAACUUUGGAAGUGAAUAUUAUCUAGGUCGCAUGGUCAAGAAGCUCCCUGAGACACGUGUGUCCUUACUUAUAGGUUUGUGGAGCAGUGUUUUUUCAUUGAACCUCACCCAGCUCUGGAGCUUUGUCACAGGGACAGUUCCAACCUGGAUCCCCUGGAUUGGAGAAAAUGUGGACCACGUAGAAACUAACAAUAAGCCUUCAACCCUGGACACCUACUUCAUCAAGCCUGUUGCUGACAUGACCAAAAUGCUGACCAGCUUUCUGACCAACCGUCCAGUUAUUAGUCAGAUGUACAACUUCCUUCGAGGGUUGUAUCUCCACUGGAACUACAGUGAACACAGCACUUUCACAGCUUGGAAAAAUACACAUCCAGAUGCCUUCCCAAACCUCCUUACACCUGCUGAUUCCACACUAGCCUUGGUGGAUGCUGGCUUUGCCUGUAAUGCAGGCUUUCCACCAGUGCUGCGCUCCGAAAGACAAGUGGAUAUUAUCCUGUCACUGAACUACUCUUGGGACAACGAUCAGUUCUUGGUCCUAAAGCAGACUCAGGACUACUGCGCUGACCACAGGGUGCCCUUCCCACGGAUUGAUUUCCGUAAAGUGGAGUCAGAGCCACUAAAGGAGAUGUAUGUGUUUGAAGAUAAAGAGAAUCCCAAAGUCCCUGUGGUGCUCCACUUUCCACUGGUUAAUGUGUCUUUCAGAGAGUUUAAAAGCCCUGGUGUGAAGCGUAAAAAGCAGGAACUGAAGGGUGGAGAGGUUGAUGUAAGCAGUCCUAAUUCCCCAUACCUCACAGAAAACAUCACCUACUCACAAGAGGUCUUCCAGAACUUGGUGGACCUCACCUCGUACAACAUCCAGAAUAACAAGGCCACCAUCUUAAAAACUUUACACAAGGCUCUUGAGAGGAAAGCAAAAUAA